CGGGAUCCGACGCGCAGAGGAGGCGGGGCCGCGGCUGGUUUCCUGCCGGGGGGCGGCUCAGGGCCGCCGAGUCCCCUCCCCCCGCCCCUGAGGGGAGGAGCCGCCGCCCGCCGCGCCCGUGACCUGGGAGGCCCCGCCAGCCCGCGGGAGAGGCCGAGCGGGAGCCGCGGAGCAGCAGGCCCGAACCCACCGCGCCGGGGCCCGGACGCCGCGCGGAGAAGAUGAAUUUACAACUGAUUUUCUGGAUUGGACUGAUCAGUUCAGUUUGCUGUGUGUUUGGCCAAACAGAUGAAAAUAGAUGUUUAAAAGCAAAUGCCAAAUCAUGUGGAGAGUGUAUACAAGCAGGACCAAAUUGUGGGUGGUGCACAAAUUCAACAUUUUUACAAGAAGGAAUGCCUACUUCUGCACGAUGUGAUGACUUAGAAGCCUUAAAAAAGAAAGGUUGCCCUCCAGAUGACAUAGAAAAUCCCAGAGGCUCCAAAGAUAUAAAGAAAAAUAAAAAUGUAACCAACCGUAGCAAAGGAACAGCAGAGAAGCUCAAGCCAGAGGAUAUUACUCAGAUCCAACCACAGCAGUUGGUUUUGCGAUUAAGAUCAGGGGAGCCACAGACAUUUACGUUAAAAUUCAAGAGAGCUGAAGACUAUCCUAUUGACCUCUACUACCUUAUGGACCUGUCUUACUCAAUGAAAGAUGAUUUAGAGAAUGUAAAAAGUCUUGGAACAGAUCUGAUGAACGAAAUGAGGAGGAUUACUUCCGACUUCAGAAUUGGAUUUGGCUCAUUUGUGGAAAAGACUGUGAUGCCUUACAUUAGCACAACACCAGCUAAGCUCAGGAAUCCUUGCACAAGUGAACAGAACUGCACCAGCCCAUUUAGCUACAAAAAUGUGCUCAGUCUUACUAAUAAAGGAGAAGUAUUUAAUGAACUUGUAGGAAAACAGCGCAUAUCUGGAAAUUUGGAUUCUCCAGAAGGUGGUUUUGAUGCCAUCAUGCAAGUUGCAGUUUGUGGAUCACUGAUUGGCUGGAGGAAUGUUACCCGGCUGCUGGUGUUUUCCACAGAUGCCGGGUUUCACUUUGCUGGAGAUGGGAAACUUGGUGGCAUUGUUUUACCAAAUGAUGGACAAUGUCACCUGGAAAACAAUAUGUACACAAUGAGCCAUUAUUAUGAUUAUCCUUCUAUUGCUCACCUUGUCCAGAAACUCAGUGAAAAUAAUAUUCAGACGAUUUUUGCAGUUACUGAAGAAUUUCAGCCUGUUUACAAGGAACUGAAAAACUUGAUCCCUAAGUCAGCAGUAGGAACAUUAUCUGCAAAUUCUAGCAAUGUAAUUCAGUUGAUCAUUGAUGCAUACAAUUCCCUUUCCUCAGAAGUCAUUUUGGAAAACGGCAAAUUAUCGGAAGGAGUAACAAUAAGUUACAAAUCUUACUGCAAGAAUGGGGUGAAUGGAACAGGGGAAAAUGGAAGAAAAUGUUCUAAUAUUUCCAUUGGAGAUGAGGUUCAAUUUGAAAUUAGCAUAACUUCAAAUAAAUGUCCAAAGAAGGAUUCUGACACCUUUAAAAUUAGGCCUCUGGGCUUUACAGAGGAAGUAGAGGUUAUUCUUCAGUACAUCUGUGAAUGUGAAUGCCAAAGCGAAGGCAUCCCCGGCAGUCCCAAGUGUCAUGAAGGAAACGGAACGUUUGAGUGUGGCGCAUGCAGGUGCAACGAGGGGCGUGUUGGUAGACACUGUGAAUGUAGCACAGAUGAAGUCAACAGUGAAGACAUGGACGCUUACUGCAGGAAAGAAAACAGUUCAGAAAUCUGCAGUAACAAUGGAGAGUGCAUCUGUGGACAGUGUGUUUGUAGGAAGAGGGAUAAUACAAAUGAAAUUUAUUCUGGCAAAUUCUGCGAGUGUGAUAAUUUCAACUGCGAUAGAUCCAAUGGCUUAAUUUGUGGAGGAAAUGGUGUUUGCAAGUGUCGUGUGUGUGAGUGCUACCCCAACUACACUGGCAGUGCGUGUGACUGUUCUUUGGAUACUAGUACUUGCGUAGCCAGCAACGGACAGAUCUGCAAUGGUCGGGGCAUCUGUGAGUGUGGUGUCUGUAAGUGUACAGAUCCGAAGUUUCAAGGGCAAACGUGUGAGAUGUGUCAGACCUGCCUUGGUGUCUGUGCUGAGCAUAAAGAAUGUGUUCAGUGCAGAGCCUUCAAUAAAGGAGAAAAGAAAGACACAUGUGCACAGGAAUGUUCAUAUUUUAACAUUACCAAGGUAGAAAGUCGGGAAAAAUUGCCCCAGCCAGUCCAACCUGAUCCUGUGUCCCAUUGUAAGGAGAAAGAUGUUGAUGACUGUUGGUUCUAUUUUACAUACUCAGUGAAUGGAAACAACGAGAUUAUGGUUCAUGUUGUGGAGAAUCCAGAGUGUCCUACUGGUCCAGACAUCAUUCCAAUUGUAGCUGGUGUGGUUGCUGGAAUUGUUCUUAUUGGCCUUGCAUUACUGCUGAUAUGGAAGCUUUUAAUGAUAAUUCAUGACCGAAGGGAAUUUGCUAAAUUUGAAAAGGAGAAAAUGAAUGCCAAAUGGGACACGCAAGAAAAUCCGAUAUACAAGAGUCCUAUUAAUAAUUUCAAGAAUCCAAACUACGGACGUAAAGCUGGUCUCUAAAUUGCCGGUGAAAAUCCUAUUUAUAAGAGUGCCGUGACAACUGUGGUCAAUCCGAAGUAUGAGGGAAAAUGAGUACUACCUGUGCAAAUCUCAUAACACUGACUGCAAAGUAGCAAUUUUCAUAGUCACAGUUAGGUAGCUUUAGGGCAAUAUUGCCAUGGUUUUACUCAUGUGCAGGUUUUGAAAAUGUACAAUAUGUAUAAUUUUAAAAAUUUUUUUAUUAUUUUGAAAACAAUGUUGUAAUUCAUGCCAGGGACUGACAAAAGACUUGAGACAGGAUGGUUAUUCUUGUCAGCUGAGGUCACAUUGUGCCUUUUGACCUUUUCUUCCUGGACUAUUGAAAUCAAGCUUUUAUUGGGUUAAGUAAUAUUUCUAUAGCGAUUGAAGGGGCAAUAGUUAAAGUAAUGAGCAUGAUGAGAGUUUCUGUUAAUCAUGUAUUAAAACUGAUUUUUAGCUUUACAAAUAUGUCAGAAUGCAGUUAUGCAGAAUCCAAAGUAAAUGUCCUGCCAGCUAGUUAAGGAUUGUUUUAAAUCUAUCGUUUUGCUAUUUGCCUGUUAAUCAUGACUGAUGACAUAUCUGAAAAACAAGUACAUUGAGAGUUGCUGCGUAAAGUAGGUUUGAAAUAGUCUAUCUAUGAAGGCCAUGGGAAAAAUUCAGAGAGUUAGAAAGGAAAAACCAAUAGCUUUAAAACCUGUGUGCCAUUUUAAGAGUUACUUCAUAUAUGGUAACUUUAUGCCUUCCCUUUAUGAAUUCAAGCCUUAGAUAAAAGUACUGAGCAAUUUCCUGCUAAAAAGUCCUUGAUUUAGCACUAUUUACAUAAAGGCCAUACUUUACGAAGUAUUUGCUGAAUGGGGACCUUUUGAGUUGAAUUUAUUUUAUUAUUUUUAUUUUGUUUAAUAUCGGUGCUUUUUAUCACCUUAUCUUUUAAUGUAUUUGUUUGCAAGUUGAGGGUAAGACUUUUUUUUAUCAGUACUUUUUCUUUGACAUUUUAGCUGUAAAUUUGCCUUUUUAAUGAAUGUGUGAAGUUGUACCAUGGCUUACGCAACAGCUAUCACUUAUGCGAGUCUUACUUCGAAUUAUUGCCAUAACAGACCACUGUAUGUUUACUUCUCACCAUUUGAGUUGCCCAUCUUGUUUCAUACUAGUCAUAUUCUUGUUUUAAGUGCCUUUAGUUUUAAUAGUUCACUUUUUACAAUGCUAUUUACUGAAGUUAUUUAUUAAAUAUGCCUAAAAUACUUAAAUCGGA